AUGUGUAUGCAUAUGUGGAUGUGGUUUGGUUAUGAUGUCGGUGAGCUGUUGUUUUCCGGACUAAACAUCAACACACGAUGGACCUUUGCUCUUACAUGGAUUGUACUCUUCUUUGUAUCGCUGCUAUUUGAAGCUUCUAAGGUUUACUUAGCACGGGUGCAGCGCGCUGCUCACAAGAAACUUUACCCAUACCGCUCCGAUGAACGAAGGAAUCUUCUGUGCGAACGAGAGCAAGGUAAUCCGAUGGAGCCAACAACGAGUAGAAACGCAAGUACCGGGCAAGUCAGUCGGUGGUACUCUUUUAGACUUAGGACUUUAGUAAAUUUGCACCAGACUGCCAUCUUUCUGGUACACAACGUGGUUGGCUAUCUGCUCAUGUUAGUCGUUAUGGUCUAUAACGUUCAGUUAAUACUCGCUGUGGUGCUUGGCAUGAUGCUAGGCUAUUUCCUUUUCGGACCGAAGCUAACAAUGCUACAGAUGCAAUGUUUCGGGACCAAGCGAAUGGUUAUCUGUACUCCUGAAUGUGAUGAUACAGCCGAAAGCACAACCCCACCGCUACUAAACUCCGGAUCUAGCACAGAGUCUGAUAAUUUCAUCUGUCAAACCCGCACCUGCAUACAGCCCUCACACUACUUCCCAGCCUCUACCUCGACAGAUCGAUCUAAUACUUGCUACUAUGGAGCCAAACGGUGUCCGUCCAAAGUUGCCAGAGCGAAAAAACAAAGUUGUCACAAAGAAAAUUCUAGUGUUGAAGCGCAGUUAUUACAAACAGAGCGACAGGGCUGCUGUAAGGAGUCUCCGCCGGAUACUUGUUGUUCUAGUCAAGAUACAAAAGCUGUGAUCCAUGAGACGGAAACAGAGAAAGUAGAAAGAGAGGACAGCCCUCAGAUCACAUGCUGUCACGCGAAGUCAACCAGUGAUAGUCAAGAAGAAAUAAUGCAAACGUGA